AUGCGUUUCUCCAUCGCUGCUCUCGCUGCCGCUGCCGUUGGCGCUGCCGCCUCCGGUGUCACCACCGAGGUCGUCACCGAGUACACCACCUUCUGCCCCGAGGCCACCUCCGUUGUGCACGGUAGCCAGACCUACAGCAUCUCCACCCCCGGUCACAUCACCAUGACCAACGGUCCCUUCACUGUCACCCGUCCCCUCGUGACCUCGACCGUGACCCAGUGCAAGAGCUGCUCCUCCGCCACUCCCCUGGCCAGCAGCAGCAGCAGCGUCCCCGUCAUCCCCGUCGCCCCCAGCGUCGCUACCUCCACCCCUCUGGUCCCCGGCGUCGGUGCCACUGGUGUCCCCGGCUCCUCCGCCGGUUCUUCCGCUGGCACCCCUACCCCCUCCCAGCCUGCCUUCAACGCCGGUGCCAUCAACGCCGCUACCGGCGCUGGUGCCGCUCUGGCUGCCGUCUUCGGUGCCGUUGCCCUCCUGCUGUAA